ACGGUUCGUACGGUUUAGCUUGAGUGGUAAAAACGAAGCAUGCGUGUUUGAAUGAGAGCGAACGAGACACCGCAUUGAACUCGCGGCGCGAGUUGUAAAUACAAACCGUGUAUACCAACAUCAUUCAACGAUCUACCAAUACAAGAAUAGGUGGUAGUAUUUGGAUACGAAGCUAACAUACUUCGUAUGUAGUGGACAAUUCGUUAUUGGUAUUUCGGUGUUGAAACACAGCACAACGGAGUAUACAGGGUACUGUAAGCAAUAGUAACACAUUUAUUUGAUUUUACCAUGGUGGAGGAUGAUUCGAAGCCAAACGGGAACGCGGCGAAUGGUGUCGCAGAUCCAUCGGGGAACUCGCCGGUUCAUGGUGAUCAGGGAGCCGAUAGUCAGGUCGUCUAUCGACCAAAUAGCAAGAACAACGAUAGCGACAUCGAAACCAGACUGGCUGACAAGGGGAAGGAGGCAGACGGUGAUGGGGGAUCAACCUCUAGUAGCAAUGUGCAGCUCAAGCGCGAGAUCUCGCUCAUGGGCGGCGUCGCGGUCAACGUCGGAGUCAUCAUCGGCUCUGGUAUCUUCAUCUCCCCGAAGGGUGUCCUUAUCGGGUCGGGGAGUGUCGGCAUGACCAUGAUCAACUGGGCUAUCUGCGGUGUUUUCUCCAUGGUCGGAGCCCUGUGCCUUGCCGAGCUGGGCACUAUGAUUCCGUCGUCGGGAGGCUUCUACGUGUACGCUCAGCAGAGCUUCGGUAACUUCUGGGCCUUCCUGUUGCUUUGGACGAUGAGCGGGAUGAUGCAACCGGUAGCCAUCGCCGUGAUCUCGUUGACAUGUGCCCAGUAUAUACUCGAACCUUUCUUUAUGCUGGCCGACUGUAAUCCGCCGGGUGCGGCUAUCAGUUUACUCGCCAUAUGCUGCCAAUUUACGGUGAUGUACGUGAAUUGCCGGAGCGUGAAGUUGGCCACCAGUGUUCAGUCAGUCUUCACUAUUGGCAAAUUAGCAGCACUCUCUAUAAUCAUCAUCUCAGGCUUAGUCUUACUUGCGCAAGGAAAUACUCAGAAUUUCGAGAACUCAUUCGAAGGAACAGAUAUGAGUGGAUUGGGGGUCGCCCUCUACUCGGGUCUGUUCUCCUACGCAGGAUGGUACUCUCUCAACAUUGUAGUGGAGGAAUUGAAAGACCCUUACAAAAACCUUCCUCGUGCAAUCGUCAUCACCAUCGUCACUGUGACGAUAGUCUAUAUCCUUACAAACAUAGCCUACUUUGCAGCUCUUUCACCGGAGGAACUCCUGGCUUCAAACGCUGUGGCAGUGACAUACGGAGCUAAAGUAUUGGGAAAGUUUGCCUGGAUCAUGCCUGUAGCUGUGGCUCUCUCCACCUUUGGAUCAGCCAAUGGAAACAUGCUCACUUGCUCACGAUUAUUCUUUGUAGGUGCUCGUGAGAAGCAUCUACCCGGCCUCCUCUCCAUGAUUAACAUCGAGAGAAAUACACCUGUACCAUCAUUAUUAUUUACCUCUUUACUCACCAUCGUGUACUCGCUGGCUGGUGACGUCUUCACUCUUAUCAACUACUUUAACUUUGUGACAUGGUUCAGCAGUGGCCUCGCUGUAUGUGGUCUACUUUGGUUGCGUUAUAAGGAGCCUGACAGACCAAGACCAUACAAGGUAAACAUUCUUCUUCCAAUCCUCUUCGUCAUUUCCUGCAUCUUCCUCAUCGUCAUGGGAACCAUCGCCGCCCCCAUCGACACCGUCAUCGGGGUCGCUAUCAUGUGCAGUGGAAUCCCAGUCUACUUCUUUGUUGUGAAACCUAAGAAGAAACCAGAGAUCGUCGUCAAAGCCAAUGACUUUGUCACCCGCUGGUUCCAGAAGCUGAUGCUCGUUGUGGCGGAAGAAAGAUAGUCUCUUCUCUUGCUGGUUUAACAUUGGUCCAGGCACUCCAUGCCUAUCCAACCAAAGCUAGGAAUGGGUCACAAGUAUAUUCAAGAUUGUCAAAUUUUCUUGAUCAAGGUUGUAAAUGGUAAUACAAAAAGACCAGUCAGUUCACAAAUGGUUUCAAAUACCUCAAGAAUAUAAUCAAUUAUCUUUACUGGAUGCAAAUUAGUGCAGUCGGGAUGCAGGAUGCAAACAUCACAUAUUGCUAUGUCGGGCAGACCUGUUGCAUUUCAGGGUCACUGAAGGUAUGAGAGUAGAGGAAUGCAUUCUAUUUGAUUGCGUUUGUGAAAUGAUCUUAUGGCAGAACAAUCUCAAUGGCCAGGCUGACCUUGAAAUGCCGCAGUUCACUGGGACUCUAUUCAAAGGCUCAGAAAAACAUCCUUACUAAUAAAAAGGCAGGCUUUAUCUCUCUCUCUCUCUCCCCUGCUGUAAAGGGCAAGGCCUGCUUUUUGAGCGAGAGUUUCAAUUCCAAAAUCUUGAUCCAGAAAGUUUGACAACUUAAAUUUGUUUCUCUCGUGACCCCUCUGCAUUUUGGGGUCACAAAAUUGGUCAAGGACGGGUUGGUCAAUGGUAGUAUGUCACUUUUCUUUGACUUUGUGUGUGCAUGAUAGUAAGAAAUGUCUCAUAAAAAAUGAUAAUUUGGGCGAUGUUCAGAUUCAGAUUUUUUUUUUUUAAUUGUAGAUGACGAGAAAGGGGUAAUAUUUUCACAUUGUUUGCACACAUGUGAAUGCUUGUGCAUCUUUUGUUCCAAAAAGCAAUCUACUUUUUAUGAAUACAUACUCCAUAAGCUGAAAAUGGGUUAUAUGAGAGCCCGCUUUUUUUACACGUUUUUAUGCCUAAAGGGGUCAUAUUUUGUGGGAAGUGUUCUCGGGAGAAUGCAAAAUAGGGAAGUUUUUUUUUACUCCACUGUUAUCUGUUAUGCCUUUAAAUGUGAAGCGACACUACCAGUAUCAAGCGCCUCAAGAGAAUGACAUACUUUUCUUUUGGACAGAUGUUUAUAAUCCUAUCUGUUCCAAAAAGGAUGUAUUUUAUUUUAAGAGCAAUAGUCCAUUUGCAUUUUCUCCUUCUUUUUUGUACAGUUGUGAGGGAAAGGUUUUUACAGAAGUUUGUCAUUAAGUCUGUAGGUGAAUGUGUGCAUAUUUUUGCUGUGUUUGAUGAAGAUAAUAAUAAUAUGUUUCACCCUGAUAUUUUAAUCACAAUCAUGAGAAACAUGAGCACUGAAAUUGAUCCGUCUGAGAUUGUUAUUGACAGAUCACAUUAUGAGCAAUAGGGAUUGUAUUGUGAUUGUGUAGAUAAUUGCGUUGACUGCCAUUUUAGAGUGAAUUCUUUCAUAAUAUGAUGUUCUGAAGAGAUUAACAAUAGUCAUUAAACAUGAAAUUCAGAUUAUUUCGAUUUGUAGAUACCUUUUCAUGAUUCUAAAUUUAUUCUAAAUUUGGAAAUCAUAGAUAUCAUGAAAGAACCAAGUUUGUUGCGCACAAAUUGUCUUAUGAAAAAUAAAAUAAGAGUGAUAUAAUACUUAUUUUAACUUAUAAGAAAUACAUGUAAUUGACAAUAUAUGAGCACCACUUUUAUAGAUUCCUCUUAUCUGUUAAAACAAUUUUGCUAACAUUCAAAUCUUAUUCUUGAAACAUUUGUUUAACUUUUAAGAUUAUUUCUGAAUGUCAGUGUUGCAGGUGCCUGGAAAAGAGUGCCAUGCAAAAAAUUGGCAUGUUACAAGUGAACGAUAGAUGUUGUACUGAAUCAAAAUAAUGAGUAAGUUUCUAUAUGGCAUUGUGUGUGAGUUGUAUUGGUAGCAGGUAUAUACCACAUGAACCUCUUGCCUUGUGUUAGCCUAUGGUGUAGGGAAGGAAGAGCAUAUGUAAAGUACAGUUCAAUAUAAUAUGUUCUAUUGUUGUUUUUGUUGCCGUCAUAUUUCUUCUUCUUCCUUGUCUACAGCAUAAAGGACACCAGAACAUUUAUUUAUAGAUCAAGUAAAACGAAAGACAUUUUCCCAAGACAACUGUCCCAUAUAUUGUAUCAAGAAAUGUUUAUAUUAAUGUGUGAUUUAUGUCAUUGUCUUUGUACCUUUCUAUUGAUGAAACUCUUUGAAAAAUGUAUAGCGACCUUGUAAGGUUUUAUGGGCAUUAUCUGCUCAUCUGACACUAUUUAUGUGUUUAACUUGAUAGACUCAUAGUGCCUGUCACUUUCUAAAUAGUGUAUAUAUAUGAGAAAUUAAUUCAUACGUAGGAAUUAUUAUGCAAUCAUCUACUUACGUGACACUUUCCUUCUUCUUUUCCUUCAUCUAUCAACAAAAGACAUUCCAUGAAAUUUGUUAUUAUAUAAUCAAUCAGGGUUUUAUACAUGUAAACUAAGAUAUUUUUCCUCCAGCUAAAUGUUGAGACAAAAUCAUGGUGAAAAUUCAAAUUUGUAAGUUGUGAGUCAUACCACUUUAAAAUUUUCUGAUCAAAUUCGAAGAAUCAACACAGACUAUAUCUUUAGAGAAAUAGUAUGUACUUGUAAGGUGUUAUUGCUUAUUGCUUAACACUUAGAAAUAUAUAUUUUCAGACAUAUUAGAAAUAUAUGUAGAAAAUACAUCAACAUGUUCAUCUCGUUACAGAGAUAUAGGCACAUAAAUGUUGUUUGUUUUUUUAAAUACAAGAUUUAUAUUUAUUUAUAAAAAGACUUAUCACUAAAUAAUACAAACUAUAUAAAAUGUUAGGCUCAUAUUAAAGGACCAAUAUAUAUUGUCUAAGAAUACUGAUGAAUUUCUCAUUAAUCUAGAUUUGUAUGCAUACCAUUGGUUCUAAAGGUCAAAUAGCACUAUCAAAUUGUGCGCAUUUAUAGGUUUUCAAGAUAAGACUAGUGCAAUUUGUAGCUGUAUCGAUUACAGCAAGUGUUUUAGAUAAUAUUUAUGAUGACUUGCGACUAAAGAAUAGCCAUGGUUCCCUGUUCCUAGAUGCUGUCAACAAUUAAUUUGAACAAAAUAUCCACUGUAGAGGUCACAAUCCAAUGAAUUAUUCACAUUAGGAAAAACAAAAUUGUUGUUGUAUUUUUAAAAUAUGAAUAUGAAUAAUCUUUAAAAUGUCUUGUUUCAUGUUUUGUUUAAAUUAUGUUUCUUAUGUGUAUUUUUUUUUCUUUUAGUGAAAUUGUGGUUCUUACAUUAUUUUUUUUUCAAUCCAUUUUCUUGAUAUUUACUUUCAGGAAUAUAUUGCAUGUUGCUACUGUUUAUAUUAUAAAAUACAUACUGAAGUCGAUUGCAGUAUUUUGGGGACGGAAAGAAACUGUAUGAUAUAAACAUGCAUUUAUUCUGUAAA